AUGGCAAUGCUUGCCCUAUUACUAAUUAUCUCAGUAAUAUUCGCAACUUCAGCUAUCAAAGAAAGCAAAAUACCCGAAACAGGCUGCCCUCCAACUGCAAGAUCAUUGCCAUCUUCAGUUUAUGACACUAACGCAAACAGACUCCUGUUAUUCGGUGGGGCUUCAGCAGAAAAUGUUUAUUAUAAUGAUGUAUGAGCCUUCAAUUUUAACAAUAAUCAAUGGCAAGAAUUAUGCCCUUCAUCAUCAAAAGUUCCAGAUGCAAGGAAAGAAUCAGCAUCAUUUUUCAAUGAAGCAGAAAAUUCACUAAUAAUCAUGGCAGGCAAAACCGAACUUGGAGCCAUAACUGAUAUAUGAAGCUUUGAUUUAGACUUACUAGUUUGGAAAGAAUUAGAACUGCAAAACUGCAAAUUAAAUUCUCUCUCGUCAGUGGCAUAUGAAGCUUUUAAAUGAAAAGGUAUGAUGAGCUGGAUUAAAAAUUGGAUUUAUUAUAAUUAUAUUUGAAAAUAAUUUAUUUGAAAUUGAAUUGAUUUCUUUAUUUUGAUAUUAUGACCAUUAACUCCCCUUUAUAUAAUGCGUCGGAAAAUUUCUUAACGAAUCUAAUUAUGAUUUUUUAAAAAUAUUCUGUUUUCUUCUAAAUUCUUUAAAAUCUAUUAAAUCAAUACUAUUCUAAAAUGUAAAUAUUUAAAAUAUUUAAAAAGCAAUAGAAAACUUUUAUAAUUUAUUUAGAAAUAUUUUUAUGAUUUUAUUAAAAUAUAUUGAUAUAAUUAUUUAUUUGCUUUGCAAUUUAUCUAUUUAAUAUCUUUUAAAAAAUAUAAAUCUGAACUAUUUAUUAAAAAUAGAAACUUACUCCUCUGUGAAAGAACAAAACCAAAUUUUGUUUAAUAUAAACAUUUUUUAUUAAAAAAAAUUGACAUAUAAAUAAUAAUUAGUUUAAUGAAAUCUCUAGCUAAUUCUGUUUAAUUUUAAAACGAUUUGCAUUUUAAAACAUAAAUUUUACAAAUUAAAUUAAUAUUUGCUUUGCAAUUUGGGAUUUUUUUAAUUUUCGAAAUAAAUUACUAUAUCUGCUACACAGUAAGAAAUAUGUGAAGCAGAUGAUAUAAAACUUAUAGAUAUUUUUUUAGAAAAAGAUAUUAACCCUCCUCGGGCGAACAAAUCUUUUUUUAUUAGCUAACGGAUGGAUGAGUUAGGAAACUUUCAAUUAAAAAAAAAUUAUACCCAAUUAAUGAGAAACAAAAAGUUUUCGUUAUUGAAUGAGAAGAGAUUAAUAUAUAUAUGGCUAUAAUAUUUAUUAUGUGAUUUUUGGAGGAGCUAUUGAUUCUGGAUUUUCAAAUUUAAUUUAUUUGUAAGACUUACUAUAGGAUUGAUUCAGGGAGUUUAAAUUGUAUCAUCAUGCCAAAUACAGGGGAUGGGCCUACUUUGAUUCACAGCGCAAAAAUUGCAUUUUCUGAUGGAAAACUAUAUAUCUGAGGUGGACUUACAACAGAAUAUGUAUAUGAUAAUAAUCUUUAUAUAUAUGACUUACAAAACCAAGUCUGAACGAAACACAUUUUUAAUAAAUCCCCUAUUGGGAGAAUGUGGCAUUACAUAGCAAUAUAUUCUGAAUUUUUGUAUAUUUUUCCAGGAUUUGAUUAUAAUUACGACGCGGGAAUAAAUGAUAUUUGAAAAAUCAACCUUAACGAUUUAGAUCAGUGAAUACAAGUUGAUUUUGAUAUAGACAAAAACACUCAGCUUAGAAGUCAGGCUGGGAAUACUUUUGUCAACUCAACUUUAUUUCAAUACAGUGGAUCUACUUAUACAAAUGAUUUGAUUUAUAUUAAUAUUUCUUAUGAAAAUCCAAAGUUUUCAACAUUGACCUCUAAUUGAGUUUCGCCUCCUCCAAGAAUGAGGUUUGCAAUGGAGCAAAUAAAUGACAAAAUUGCUAUAUUUGGAGGACAAGGAAGAAAUGGGAAUCUGUAAUAUUUAAUAUAGGUUAGAUGAUUUUUGGGUAUACAGCGUUGACAAUAAUGAAUGGGUGCAAGAAAAUCCUUUAUAUGAACCAUCUGCAAGAUAUGGCCAUGCUCAUACAGGUAUUGGCUAUGGAAUGGUUAUUUUUGGAGGAGAAGAUUCAACUGGCCUACUCAAUGAUUUUUAUAUUUAUUCUGCAACUUCUAAGAGCUGAUCUCAAAUAAUUACUUCUACAGGAAAAAGCCCUCUUCCAGCAAAAGGUGCAUGCAUAGAUGCUGCAAUUCCUUAUAUUUUUCUAUAUGGUGGCGUAACAAGUUCAGGACUUACUCCCCCUUCCGUGAGCGAACAAACCAUUGGAAAAUCCUUAUUUUUUGUCCAAAAAUCCACCUCCAUGAGCGGACAAAAAUUUUUAUGAAAAAAAAACUUUGAAAUAUAAGUGAUAAUUAAUAUAACGAAAUUUCUAGCUAAUUCUGUUUAAUUUAAACAGAUUGGGUUUAAGAAAUAAAUUUUACAAAUUAAAUUAACAUUUGCUUUCCAAUUUUUGCGAAGUGAGAUUUUUUUUAUUUUCGACUAUAAAAUUUAUAGAGAAAUUUUUAAAAGGCUUGACGAACAAAAUUUUUUUGUUCGCUCACGGAAAUGGGGAGUUAGUAAUAUUUUAUAUCAAUAUGAUAUAACAAUUUUAGGUUGAGUCCAAAAAAUCCCUCUAGGAGAUACUAUCCCUCCAUUAGCAUGGCACCAAUGCUACGCUGAUCACGAGGAUGAUGACUUCUUGUUUUAUGUUUUUAUGGGAGAAACAGAUAAUAAUCUGCCGAAUAAAAGUAUAUAUAGAUUCAGUUUAAAACAAAAUUCAUGGGAAAUCGUCCAAACUAUUGAUUAUUUGCAGUUUUCAUUAAGUGAAGCAUCAAACAUAAUUUUGUCAUCUUCAUUCAUAAUCACUAUUGGCGGAGAGUUUAAGAAUAUUUUUUCAUCAAAUGUUGCUAUUUUUCUUACUCCCUCCUCAGUGAGCGAACAAAAAAAACUUUUGUUCGCUCACAGCGGUGGUUAAUGUUUUUUAUUAAUAUAUAAUUCUAGAAAAUAUUUUUUAGAAAUUUAAAAACAUUCCCAAUCUGUAAAAUUGAGAAGCAAAAUUAAAUUUAAUUUCAAAAUUUAUGUUUUAAAAUGCGAGCUGUUUAAAAUUAAACAGAUUUCAUUAUAAUAAUUAUCAUUUACAUAUAAUUUUUUUUUUCAUAAAAAAUUGUUACAUUAAAAACAUUUAUGUUGUUCACAAAGGUGGUUUUUUGGGCAAAAAAUAGGGAUUUUUCCAAUACUUUUAUUCGCUUAUGGAGGGAGUUAACGGACAAAACUAUUCAGUUGAUGCAGUUCUAGGCUUAAGUACAAAUUUAUUUAGCCACCGGUCAAUUUAUAUGAAAAAUGAUAUUUACAUUUUUGCUGGCACUAGAUCAAGCUCACUUAGAAUAAACAAUAUUCCUACAUCUGAUUUCAUUAAAUUGUCUUUAGAGGAUGGCCCAUGUAGUGAAGGAGCUUAUAAAUCAGGUUUAGAGUGUAUUUGAUGCCCUAUUGGAACCUGAUCAGAAGAUUCAAGCAUAGAUAAAUGCAACCCAUGCCCAAUAGGAACAAUAAAUGAAUAUCAAGGAGGAGCAAGCCAGUUUGUGUGUGUUCCUUGUGAGUUAGGGACAUAUAAUGAUGUUCCUGGGUCUGGGAUGUGCAAAAAAUGCCCUGCAGGUAUGGCAUGUCCUGUUGGAUCUACAGAACCAAUUGUUUUACUUCAUAAUAACGCUGAAGAGACAGACCAACCUGACCAGUACUCACCUGAGUUAAGUGUUAUUCAAAAAGUCACUCUAUGGCUUGGCGUUGGGCUUGCCAUAUUUUUGGUUUUUUUGGAUAGCUCCCCCUCCCUGAGUGAACAAAGCCAUUGGAAAAAUUGCCUAAAAACCCACCCUCUGUAAGUGAAACAAAAAUGUUUUUAAUAGAAAAAAAUUUUAUGGAAAAAGCUUUUGAUAUAUAAGUGAUAAUUAGUAUAAUGAAAUAUUGAGCUAAUUCUGUUUAAUUUUUUAAAACAAAUUGCAUUUUAAAACAUAAAUUUUACAAAUUAAAUUACUAUUUGCCUUCCAAUUUUUAUAAAAAUGAGAUUUUUUUAAAUUUCGAAAAAAAAAUUAGUCCCCCUCUGUGGGUGAACAAAAUUUUUUUGUUUACUCACGGAGGGGGGGAUAAGUAUUUUGGCUUGAAAUAGUAAAAAUUUUGAAAAAUUCACGAAAUUUGAUAUAUAUAAUGAUAAACAUAAUGAAGAAGGCAAGCCUAUGUACCUGAAACGAACAAGCAUUGGUGGUUUUUUCUCUGCUUUAGCAUUUAUUGGAGUGAUAUACAUUUUUACUUUAUCUAAUCUUGAGUACUGAUAUAACAACGUGAUAGAAUCAAAGACUUUGCUUCCGUAUGAAACUCUUAUUAAGCAAGCUGAAAAUUUUGACAGUGACAUCACAAUUAUAGUUGGAGCUUAUAAUUAUGGAGGUUCAUGUGUUACGGGCAGCGCUUGCAAUGAGUAUAUAUGCCCGUUUAUUAUGAAUAGAAAUUUUGGAAUGAUUAGUUUUUCCCUUCCACUAUAUAAAAUAAAAAUAGAAUUGAAGCCUAAUUUUAUUAUAAAAGGGUAUAGCUGCUUAUAGAAUUUACAAAUUUAUAAUUCAUGAUGAAUGCCCCGAUUUAAAUAUAAAAUAGGAAAAAAUUAUAAAAUAAUUUUUUUAAAUAAUUUAACGAGCAUAUAUCUUGAUAUCAAUACAAUAUUAUCAGUAAAUCAGUUGUAGUAGAAUGCUUUAAAGAUCAAAAAAAUUGCUUUGUGCAAGCAACAUUCAAUUCAUGCAAUCUCGGAACUGGAGCUUAUUUUUACAUAUCUUUUGCAGAGCCAACAAGCUAUGCGAGCUACUUAUAUGCAAAUGUAACUGCAGACUCUUCAAUUCCUAAUGAAAAAAGUUCUCAUGAUCUCUAUCUUUCUCCUCCUUCUGGCCAGGUUUUCAUAGGUGUCAAUCCUUCAUAUAUGCAUUUUAAUAUGAUUCGAUCAUAAUUUAAUAUGAUGCUUCAGCCGGCUAUGGCCUCUGAUAAUGCAACUUCGAGCGAAUAUUCAAUUAUAUCCAUCAAGGCUUUCUCAACUUGGAAACGCCACUCGGAGCAUAGUCCAAGUCCGAAUUCAUAGCUCGAUUUUACUUCGUGGGUAAUAGAGGCCUUGAGUUGGAAAGGCAGAUCCAUGUAAUACCCUUUGGACCAUUUGAGAAAUAUUCCAGCGCAAUAAAGGAGGAGCUGCAUCUGGAGUCCUUUUGCAGUCUGUCGACUAAAAAAUCAAAUCUUUUUAUUUCUCUCUGCAUACAGCUCACAUUCAAACCUGUGAACCUGGAGAAUAGCUGUCGAAAUUCCUAUACUCGAAGCCGAAGGAGUAUUCAGGCUGAUGCCAAGCGUACACAACACGUUGCGGACAGAGAAUCCUGAAUCAGGGACAAAAACCAUGUAGGCUAUGCAUUAGGGAGGCUAAACGUGCAUAAAUCUAAAUUAAACUAGUUGAAUAUGAUUCCAUCAUACAUAUUAAAAUGGCGUCGACGGACCAGCCCUUUUUCUCAACACCUGUAGCCGCACGCCCACACAGGCUGGCGGGGACCUUGUGGAAGGGAAAAGAGCUCGGUAAAGUGUAUCCGGCUGGGUUUUGGCUUGAUGCAGUGGAGCGCAAUGUCGAAUUAGGUCGACCGCAGCUCAUUCUGAAAUCAAGUCUUUUGCCUCAAGGAAAGUGGAGAACCAAAGUUGGAAGGGGAAGCUCAGCAGUGCCAAGGACACCCACUUGGUCAAUCGGGCAACUCCCUAGCGUGAAACCGGGCGUUACGUCCCGGGCUUUGGAUUUCCAUCUUAGCCGAGAGCCUUACCAGAAAAUUCGCGCUUCGAAUUUUCGGAAUAGGCAACCUUGUAGACGGAGCCUGAAGCAAGGCCCCGGGAACCCAUAGUCUGCCCACUCAACACUGGAGCCGCCUAGAAGUGGCAAGGAGGAGGAGGACGGCCAGGCAACCCGCCUUUCCGGCGAUCGGAAGUAGAUGUCCCCGCAAAGCGGAUGAAUCCCCUGGAGGGAUCCUUGGUAACCGAGUUAACAAAGCGGAUUCUAACCGCCGUAAUUAAGAUUAAGAUUAAGAAUAUGAUUCCAUCAGUAAUAGUUAUUUAGCUAUUUAUCUCAGAUGUUUCUAAAUUUCACCCAUUUAAUAGCAUUUGCUUUUACUAUUAAUUGGGGGUAUAACUAAUAAAUUUAUAAAAGAAAAUUAUAUAAUCUUAUAUGAAAAGUUAAAAAUUAUUUAACUCCCCCCGCCCCCUCCUUGAGUGAACAAAACCAUUGGAAAAAAUACUAUUUUUUGACCAAAAUCCAUCCUCCGCCAGAAAACAAAAAUUUUUUUAUGAAAAAAAAAGCCUUUGAUAUAUAACUAAUAACUAUUAUAAUGAAAUCUCUAGCUAAUUCUGCUUAAUUUUAAACAACUUUCAUUUUAAAACAUAAAUUUUGUAAAUUAAAUUAAAUUUUGCUUCUCAUUUUUACAAAUUAGAAUGUUUUUAAAUUUUGAAAAAAAAAUUUAUAUAAUUUUUUUUUUUAAAAAAAAAACUCCAUGAGCGAACAAAUUUUUUGUUCUCUCACGGAGGGGAGUAAGCAUUAAUUAGAUGAAAAUAAAAAUGAAUUUCGCGAUUUAAACAUCGGAAUAAAUUAAACUAAAAGUUUUUUAAAAUAGCAUAUUUAAAAGCACUAUGGCAGCUGAUGUUAUUUUUUUAAAAUUUUUUUUUCUAAAGCAUAUAGUCCAACCCAAAGCAGGGAUCUAUAUUGGUUUACUGAGAUUGAGGUUUUAUAAAUUGAUAAAACAAAAUUAUGCUUCUAAAAGAGAUAAGCAUUAUAAUUGCAGCAAAAUAAAUUUUGAGUAUAAUUAUUAUUGAGAAAGAUUCUAUAAAAAUUAUCUUACUGCUAUUAAAUGGGAAAGUAAGUGACAAACGAAUCAAACUGGAUUUUUAGUUUCGUCAAGCCAAGAAUCAACACAAGGAUUUAGUGCAUCAGUUACUCAAAUGACUUUGACUAGAACACUUGGGAUUGUGGUGACUUUGGAUAUAGAUACUAUUGGUGUUUUAACAAUAAGAAGCCUUAAUCCCAAAAGACCUAGAGCAAGCAAAUUGUUUUGCUCCUUCAGGAAAGGAUUAUUUUGAUUGUUCGGGAUUUUUAAUUGGAUUUGCUUAUUGAACUUUUAAGCAUAGUUCUAAAGAACCGCUACCUUAAUUUAUAAACUUUAUGCUUUAGAAUUCAAUCUGUCUAAAAUAAAAUCACCUUCAUUGAUCUUUAAUUAAAAUCGUCUAUUACGGUAUAUAAAUUGAUAUGCCAAAAUUUUUAAACGAAACUUUUCUCUUUAAAUAAUCUAAUUUCCUGAAUUUUUGCUAUCUAGUGUUCCUUAUGAAGAGAGGGGAGUAAUAACACAUUUUUAUUUUUUAUUAGUACCUUGAUGGGGUCUAUUAGUGGAAUUAUCAGUGCAGGUGGAUUUCUUAUGGAAAAAGUUGAAGAUAAAAUUAAAAAAAUUAAUGAAAGGCGCAGUCUCAAAAUAAGCCAUGAAAAAAUUAUCAACGAGAAUAUUAAAAUACAAGAUAAUUUCCCAUUUAAUAUUCGAAGACUUACUUUGAUAGAUUGCCACAUGAAAGAAGAAAUGAAUACAGCUAAAGAACUCUAUGACGACUCUAUAGAGUAUCAACAACUUCGUUAUUGAGAUAAAUUGCAUUUGAAUAAAACUGUAAAUUAA